ACAUUUCAAUUUUCAAACCUCUAAUUAAUAUAGAAUAAACCUUCUUACACUCCAUCACCUUCUACUCCUACGAACGCAGUGUGAAGUUGAGGAUUGUUGGUUCACGGGCGUGUGCGUAAACAACAUCAGCCACAGGAUGUGGGGGUCGACAUGGUGUCAAAGCAGGUGGUUCUGCAAAUGUUGAUAGUGAGAGGAAAAAAAAGUUUGCGAUGUGGUUUAAGAGAGAUCACAUGAAUUUGAUUAUGGUCAGGGUAGGAGGAAAUUUGUGAUAUUCAUAGACAGCUGUGUGUUAAUCCUGCAUCUAGAUUGUUGAUGUUUGUUAAUGUUUAUUGUACCUCUUACAUUACAGUACAUAGGGAGAAGGUUCAAUAUUGUGAGGUUAUCAUCAGUUACAGUAAACACUAAAAUCAUAACGAUGGAAUUCUUUCAGAUUUCCAUUUUCUUUUAAGGUUUGACAAAGACGCCGUUGAACUUUGUUACAGAAACCUUUCAGACAUGAGUCCGGAAUUGAUGAAUAUAUGCGAAAGGUUCAACUUAAAGGGCAGGAAAGUCCAGAACAUCUCUAAAUUCCCUCGCAUUUAGUCAUACGUGGUUUUUGUUCAAAAUGUUUCUUGAUCAUUUUAGAUUUGUGAGUAGAGGCAACACUUCAGAGAACAACAUUGAAUUAAGAGGACCUCAUUGUUGAUAUCCAGUAUGAAUACAUCAGAGAACAAGUCAUUUGACUGGGAUUACAAUGACACCUGUGAUCAGGAUCCCUGUCCAGAGUUACCCAAUGGAACCGAAGUAUUGCACGUGCUGUACUUCAUGCUGUUUUUUCUAAGUGUGCUAGGCAACACCACUAUUUUAUGGGUUCUCAUCCGAUACAUAAAGCUGAAGACGAUGACGGACGUAUGCCUCCUCAACCUGGCUCUGUCUGACCUCAUACUAGCUGCAUCCAUGCCCCUCUUGAUCAACUCUCAGAACCUGGCAUCCUGCAAACUGCUGACAGGAGUCUAUCAGUUGGGCUUCUACAGCGGGAAUCUGUUUGUGAUCCUUAUGAGUGUGGACCGCUACCUAGCCAUUGUCCAUGCAGUUGCAGCCAUGCGAGCGCGCACACUUCGCUAUGGAAUCAUGGCCAGCAUCACUGUCUGGAUAAUUUCAGUCUUCAUGGCUAUCCCUGGCUUGACAUUUGCCACCGUCGAGAUAGAUCCAGAAGACAACAGCUCCGAUUGCCAGCCACUGUAUCCAGAGGACAGUCAGCAAAUGUGGAAGAUGCUGCGAAACUUCAGCGAAAACACAGUGGGGCUAUUUGUGGGCCUCCCCAUCAUGGUCUUCUGUUAUGUGAAAAUACUUGUUGUGCUGUCCAAGUCCAGGAACUCCAAGAAAGGCAGAGCUAUAAAGCUAAUAUUCACAAUAGUGUGCGUGUUUGUUGUGUGCUGGGUCCCCUACAAUCUUGUGGUUCUUCUUAAAACUCUACAGCUGUUCCUGGAAACCCUGAAGACCUGCCAGGCUGCAAAAGCCAUCGACUCUGCAAUGGCCUUUGCUGAGAUCAUUGCACUGUCCCACUGCUGUGUAAAUCCAGUCAUCUAUGCAUUUGUAGGGGAGAAGUUUAGGAAGUCCCUACAUAAAGCGCUGACUAGGUACCUCUGCUGCAGUAAGCAUAGCAGAAGGACUCUCAGCCACAGAGACACCACCGAGAAAGAGACGUCCAACACGCCUGUAAAAUCGGAUUAUUAAGAAUGCUAGACACACAUUGUUACAAAGACAGUGCAGUACAGCUCCCUAAAAAAUUAAGAUCACUCCUAAUGUUUCUUAAUUCUUUAUUUCUACAUGUAUGGCAGCCAUUCCAGUGUCUGUUGAAUUCCAACACAGAGAAAUUUAACAUUUAACUGAAAGACAUACCUAUAAAUAAUAAAACAAGAGAAAAUUAUAA